AAAAAUAAAAAGUCACUCACUGUCAAUAGUAGUGUCAAUUUAAUUGACGAUUCAUUUGGAAGGACUUUUUAUUUACAAUUUUUAGUUUAGUGUUUAGUUUUUUUCCAUGGUUCAUGAUCAGCAAUUAGUCUGACCGUUUUUAGACAAAUUAUUACCCAUCACGGAUUGUUCAUGAAUAUUUAUAUCUGCAUGUUCAUUUCAAAUUGUUUAUAAAGUGCGGCUCAUAGAAAGUGCGGCUAGUACUGUUGUGUUUACCUUCACUGGCACUGACUGGAAGGUCCGGAAAAGUUGUCCUUAACCCGCUUAUCGCAGACUAUUAUAUUUAAUCUUAUACAUUUUUUUUGGUUGUAAAGAGAAUAGUCUUAUCAAGUUCCUCUAUUGAAUUAAGUAUCUAUUGUACGAUUUGUUUGUUCAAAAUAAAGUAUUCAGUUUGUAGUGGUAGUUGUUUGAAUCAUGUACAGAUCGUACUUUAGAGUGUUGAGUGAAUUGGGGAAACGACGGUUUUCUACUGAGUCGUCUCCAGUAGUGAAAACAAGUUUACAGCAAGAAAAUGUCCUAACCGAUCUUUUUAGCAGGCACCACACAUAUCUACGAAUUUCUUUAACAGAAAAAUGUAAUUUAAGAUGUCAGUAUUGCAUGCCUGCAGAAGGAAUAAAAUUAUCUGAAAAGUCAAAAUUAUUAACUACAGAUGAAGUUUUAAAAGUAGCAGAGCUUUUUGUAAAAGAAGGGGUCACUAAAAUAAGAUUAACAGGUGGAGAACCAACAAUUAGAAGAGAUUUAACUGAUAUUAUUUAUAAUUUAAAAAAAAUUAAUGGUCUAGAAGUAGUUGCAAUAACCACUAACGGCCUGGUUCUUACUAAACAACUUGUUGCUUUACAAAAAGCUGGUUUGGAUAUUUUAAAUAUAAGUUUGGAUACUCUUAAGCCAGAUAGGUAUGAAAUUAUGGCACGUCGAAAGGGUUGGCAAAGGGUGAUGAUGGGAAUCGAUUUAGCCUUACAAUUGGGGUACAAUCCUGUUAAAGUAAAUUGUGUAGUUAUGAAAAAUUUUAAUGAUGAUGAAAUACUCGAUUUUGUGGAAUUUACCAAAGACAGAAAAGUUGACAUUAGAUUCAUUGAAUACAUGCCUUUCACUGGCAAUAAAUGGGAGGUGGACAAAAUGGUUUCCUAUAAAGAUAUGGUUACUAAAAUACGCAAAAAAUGGGCAGACUUUGCUCCUUUACAAAAUGGCCCCAAUGAUACUUCUAAGGCCUGGAAAGUGCCCGGUUUCGAAGGUCAGGUGGGUUUCAUAACUUCCAUGAGCGAACAUUUCUGCGGUUCCUGUAACAGACUAAGGAUUACCGCUGACGGUAACCUCAAGGUCUGCUUGUUCGGCAACACUGAGGUGUCAUUGAGAGACGCCAUUAGAAACAAUUGUUCGGAUGAUGAUUUGACAGCUCUGAUUAGCGCAGCUGUUAAAAGGAAGAAGAAGCAGCAUGCUGAAAACACGUCCAAUAUAUCAAGCCAUUUUAAGAUGCAUCUCAACGCCAGUCUUUCAAAAAAUCUUUCUCAUCUUUUUUCGAAAACAACAUCACUCCAAAUCGUUAGGAACUACUCAUCGCAUCAUAAUGCGGAAAAACUCACCCACGUCAACAGAGAAGGCAAAGCUCACAUGGUAGAUGUCGCUGAUAAAACCGUAACUCAUCGCAAAGCCACUGCAAUGGCUGUUGUGAAAGUGGGUCCUCAGAUCACCAAACUAAUUCUAGAAAACCAAAUUAAGAAAGGCGAUGUAUUAACCAUCGCUGAAAUAGCUGGAAUAACUGGCGCCAAAAAGACAUCCGAAAUCAUACCUCUGUGCCAUAACAUCGGUCUUUCCAGUGUCAAAGUGACGGCUCAUCUAAACAGACAGAAAGAGACAGUGGAAAUCCAAGCCAGCGUACACUGCGAGGGGAAAACUGGGGUAGAAAUGGAGGCAAUGACAGCUGUCAGCGUCGCCGCUUUAACCAUUUAUGACAUGUGCAAAGCUGUAAGCAAGAGCAUCGUCAUUUCAGACGUGCAUUUGUUGAGUAAGAGCGGUGGUAAGAGCGGGGAUUACGGUACGGAGGAGGAAAUCAAAUUGAGGGAUUACAACAGGAUGCCCACCACUGGGACUUUCAAACCAACUAUUGGAAUCGUUUAGGAACGUUUAAAGCUUAGUCGAAACGGUUAAGUUUAUGCUUGAUAAACGAAAGAUCUGAAAUCCGUUUUAUAUUUUUUAUCGUUAAUUUUUUACCGUAUUUAGAUGAUCUGUUUUUAAAUUAAAUUUAUAAAAAUUCGAUAAAAAUGUAAUGCAUUUACUUUUAUUCGAAAGAGGGGUGUCUGUUCAUGCAAAUCUGGAACGGUUAAAGUAAGUGUAUGACAGUGAUCAAUAUCCUGUAACCUUAUGUCAUGUAUUACAGUUUUUUGUGUAAAAUUGAUUACAAAAUGUUGCUAUACACCGUUUUUUUACUAGGAGCAGCGAUUUGAAUUUUCGCGCCCAAAAUUAUUUGACAGAUUUACUUCCUUUUGAUGUUAUUGCGGCGUUGCCGACACACUUCGUCAGAUAAUUUUGGACUCUCUGCAAUAAUUAAUAAUUCCUACUUUUUUUCGAUACAUAUGAUUAAACCAGUAAGCCUUUAUCAUUCUCUCAAUAAAAAAAUAAUAAUUAUAAUAAUCUUUGAGUACAAAUAAAAAAUAGAACUGCCCGUUAAAGGUUUUAACAAGAAAUAUUGCACUAAACUGAAUUCAUGCUAAUUUGCACAAGAAAUUUAGCUAAAUGAUUAUAAAAAUCUUAUGAAGAAAUAUAAAAAUAGCAAAUUAACAAAAGUACCUACCACACGAGACAUUACGGAAAUUAGUAAGUACUGAUGGUUGUUUGAAUCAAGAUAGACAUAUUAGUAUAAUAUAAAAAUAGUAAAUUACAUUACCAGUGUGGAGAAUCACUUUUCACACAAGUGAUGUACAAUAUUUUUCCUACGACCACAAAAUAAUUUCAUAAAAAAAUGUAAAACCAGGUUAUUAUUAUAAUAAUUAAAAUGUAUUUAAAAAAAUAAUCAACAAUAAUCGUAUUUAUUCAAUUUUCAUAUUCUCUAAAAACAACGAAAAAAAAAAAAAUCUGUCCCCGCAAGGAUUUGAACUCGGUCGCUCGCCAGGUCUCACAUGGCAAAAAUGGCAAAGUUGAUACUCUACCAUCUGAGCUAAUAGGCCUUGCGUCAAUUGAAUUAUCUAAUCGGUUAUGUGUUUAACCAGCAUAAAAGGCAAACAGAACUUAGUUAUUUUAAAAUUAUUUUAAUAAUAAUUGUUAAAGAUAAAUAUCUAGGAUCUAAUUUACAACAAUUUCAAUAAUUUAACAAUCAUAUCCAUUUUAGUAUUAAUAUGGACAUUACAUAGAUCAAAAUAGAAAUGAUGCGUUUGACAUUUUGUGACAGCUGAUGCGGAAAGUAGCAUAUUUGCACACGGGUGGAAAGUAAAUUCUUAUUCAUACGCGUGUGAUAUAGGGUACUUCCAUAGGACUAUAUAGGGUGAUAUGUGUCACUUUCCUAAGUGGUCGUAGGAAAAUAAUUUUUUUCAAUACAUUUAAUCUAAAUUAUCAUUAUUUUAAAUUAAUUAUUUAUCAUUACUAACUUUAAGUGAAAUGUUCAGAAUUGAAAUUUAUAUUUUGAUUUCAGUUGUAAGGAAAUUGUUGGAAUAAAAUUAUUUUUGCAAAUUUUGUUUAGAUACCUAUUUCUGUUAAACGUUUAUUGGUAUUUCUAUUUUAAACAUUUAAAUUAUACCUUGUGACACAGUAAAGAAAUGCAAAUAACGAUAGCAGCGUACAAUAAUUAGAAUAUGUAGUAGGUAUUAAAUAAAAUAAUAAAUAAAUGGUUCUAUAUUGUUCACUGUCCACAAAUUCUCUUCACAAAAUAAAUAAAAAUGUCUAAUACCCCUCCCAAACGAGCCGUUAUAGGAUACUAUAUUUUUAUUGGAUAAAAUCGACAUAAAACUAGCUUUAGUAAUUUCAGUUAUGCGAAGAGAGUUUGUGAAUACAAUAUAUAUUUUCCACGCUGUAUAAAAAUUAAUGUUUUCUAGUCUUAUAGCCUAUUUCGCAAACCAUCUUCAAAUUUACCCACAUGUAAAUUCUUAACGAUAGAACAUUGUUCUAAUGAAUGAUCAAUAGAGUUGGGCGAUAUUUCAGAUAUUGUUACUUAAUUAUUUUAAACUUGGCAAAACUGCAACAUUUUUUACAUGUUUCUCUAUUUCAUAAAUGUUUUUCAGUAAAAUAAUUAAUAUUUUACUAAUCAUAGUAACGAUUCAACCAUCGUCUACAUUUUUCUGAAUUGACGUUUCUAUGUCUAAAGAUUUACAUGUAGGUAACUAUUUAAAAAUGCUUUGUGAAUGCAAAACGGUAGAUAUUUGAGUUUGUAGAAUGAGCUUAGAAUCAAAAAAGUAAAAAGAAAGGUAUUGAAGCUUUUAUGGUUAAGGGGCUAUAAUAUAAUAAAUAUAUUUACAUUUGGAGAGGUUAUUUUAAAAGACUUGAUAUAAAUUGCAACUUUAAUGUUAUAAGAUUUUUUUGUUAUAUUUUACAAUCCGUUAUAAAAUUAAAAACAUAUAAAAGACAAUGUUCAAAUUGCUCAGGC